AAUAAUAAGUUCCGGAGCACGUCUUAGUUGAUAGAGAUCACUCGAAGUUCUGCGCCUCACAUUCUCUAGAACUUAAUAAAUCUUCCAUAAUUCCCGAGUUGCAUCAUUAUCUUCAACUGAGGGGGCUUUGUUUAUACCAAAAAAAGAUGAGGGGGCUUUGUCUUCUGAAAUAUAAUAUCUCAACUGUUGGUUUGUUUCCCAAACUUCAAAAGAUAAAAGAGUCAGGCAAUCUUCACACCUUCAUAAGGUGUGAAAUGCCUAAGACCUUUUACUUUAAAUAAACUUUCCAAUGAGACAGUAGUCUGGCUCAUAAGAAAAAUGAUUGCUUACUUAAGAUCCACUUAACCCCUGGGUCUGAGUAAAAGCUUACCUUAAUAAGCUUUCCAACCAGACCAGCUACAAUAAUGCCAUACCCAGAUACCCUUUCAUUUUACUAUCAAUAAAUUAAAGCGGUGUACCGUAUGCAAGAAUCCCCAACUUCUCCCACUACCCUCCACGGUCUGUACACCGAACUAAAGAGAGUGAGAGAGGGUGAGUGGAAGAAAGGCGGUGGAUGAGGAAGGAGAGAAUGGGGAUGGGGAUCGGAAUGGGCCUCAAUCUUCUCCUCCUAGUGGCCAUGGUCGCCACCAACAUCCUCUCCCUCUACCACCUCUCCUCUAUCCGCAACAACUCCCCUCGUUCGCCCCAAACCCUAGAUCCCGCCGCCGCCGACGUCCCCGACCACCUCCUUCAGCAGCUCCACACCAUCCGCGCCACUAUCACCCACCUCACCCGCCUCCGCUCCUCCACCACCGCCUCCGCCUCCUCCUCCUCCUCCCCUUCCACCACCGCCGCCCCGCCGGAGCUCCUCCUCUACUCCCACAUCGGCCCCAUCGCCUCCGCCUGUUCCGACCACCCCGACCUCCUCCACCGCUACAUGAACUACACCCCCUUCGCCCCCUGCCCCCGCGACCUCCACUCCGUCGCCGAGCCCCUCCUACUCCGCGGCUGCCACCCGCUCCCCCGUCGCCGCUGCUUCUCCCCUACCCCACCCAAGCCCCUCAAUCCCUCGUCCCUCCCCUCCGAUUCCUUUCCCCCUUCCCUCCCUGACGCUGCUGUCCUCUGGCCCCCCGCCGCCCCCUGCCGUUCCUUCUCCUGCCUCCCCACCUCCCUCGGCUUCGACUCCAGGACCGAAGCCUCCCGCUUCCUCUCCGCCAAGUCCGCCCUCGACCUCCCACUUCCCCAGCUUCUCUCCCUGGCCCGCUCCGCUGGCGCCGCGCCGAUCCGCCUCGCCCUUGACGUCGGCGGCGGCACCGGUACCCUCGCUGCCCGCCUCCGCCUCCUCGCCAACGCCACCGUCCUGACCACCACCAUGAACCUGGGAGCCCCUUACAGCGAAGCGGCGGCGCUCCGCGGCGUCAUCCCCGUCCACGCGCCGCUCCAGCAGCGGUUCCCGGUCCAGGACGGCGUGCUCGACCUGGUCCGAACGGGCCACGCCGUGAACCGCUGGAUCCCGGCGCCCGCGCUGGAGUUCCUGCUGUACGACGCGGACCGGGUGCUGCGGGCCGGGGGGUUCCUGUGGGUGGACCACUUCUUCUGCAAGGGGUCGGAUCUGGACGCCGUAUACGCGCCGAUGAUCGGGCGGCUGGGGUACAAGAUCAUCAAGUGGGCGUUGGGGAACAAGACCGACGCCGGCGGCCUCCGCUACGGCGAGGUCUACCUCACCGCCCUCCUUCAGAAACCACUACCCGCCGCUGCCGCCAAGGCGUGAUCAGACGCCGGAUCUUGUAAACUCCGGCCGACGACUAGACCUGAAGCAGAGGAAGAAGAGGUGAUCGGCUGGAGUCAUUUAGACACCGGAUGGUGCUGGGACCGCUUUAAAUGACCGACCGACUGACUGCUACUUUAAAAAAGGGGACAAAGAACCCCUUUUCUGCGAUCUAAUUUAAGGGUGAGCAUUUGGGGCAAAAAUAAGUAUAAAUCUUGAAUUCAGUUUUUUUAGAUGGUGUUCAAAUUCCAGUGGUGUUUCCUGUACACUUGCACUUAAUUCAGUGUAACUAAGUUCUACGUGGCUGAUUCUUCAUGCUAGCCAUGUAUCACUAUAACCAAUUUUUCAGUAUAGGAUUAGUCAUUUGGAUGUGAUGUUUUGAUUA